CUGUUGGUAUCCUUGGUGAUUUCAAAUAAAACCGCGUGAUCUCGUUGGCAUAACUGCCAAGGCUAUAGUCGGCCGGAAUUGCACAUAGCGUUCCUUAUCUGCCCAACAAGUAGCUGCAGAAAUUAUCCGACAUUUAAAAAGAAAAUGGCACCUAAGAAGAACAAGAAGAAGAAUGCAUUUUUCUUUUUCAUGCAAGAGAUUAAACAGAAAGGUGGUUUGAAUAAUCUAGAGGCACAGGAGAUUGCAGGAGGAAAAUGGAGUAGAAUGUCGGCUGAAGAAAGACAGCCAUAUGAAGUAAUAGCGAAUCAACACAGGAACAAUGUGCAGCUAAAAAAAUACACAUCAGAUGGUGUAGACAUUGAACUAAUUGAAAAAUUAGAACGGGAGGAAUUAGCUGCAAUAACUGCCAUGCAGACAUAUAUUCACGACGACAUUCUCGCUUCGCAGAAAGCAAAUGUCAUUCAUAAAAAAAACUUCUUUAUAAUUCAUAUAAACACUUUUUGUUAUCGUGACACAGAAGAUAAGUAUUAUCCUGCCGAAAUUGCAUUGUUGCAGUUUAAUUUGAGAGAUGGUGUACAUGAAAAAAAUAUUUUUCAUCGUAUGGUUCAUCCAGGUACCCUACCGCUGGGUUUUACAGCGGCUGCGACACUCCAUUCUUCAACCUCUCACAAAAUUAAGCCACCACCUUCUUAUGCUUCCCCUAAUACUAUUAAUAAUAUGGAACAGGUCUUUAAAGAGCUCUGCAAAUUUGUUAAGGAACAUAUGGAUAAAAAUGCAACUUAUCCAAUAGUAUAUGUAAAAGAAAAGUAUAUGACACUAGUCAAAAAAGUAUUGAAUAUGUGGGCGGAUGAUUAUAAUAACAACUGCUAUUUUGAAGUUUAUAAUCUGCAGUUUAUGUUUAACGAAUUGAGGAGUGCCAUUGAGCAGUCAGAUAUUGUUAUGGCUAAUUCAUUUGGAUUCGCUGAGAUGAGUAAAGACAUUUACUCUCAUGUGCCUGAUAUUGGUUGUGAGUUCCACGAAUCUAUCGAAUAUACGCUCCACUGUAGCAAAUCAAUAGUAACCAGACAAGCAUAUAUUAUUUGUGAUAAUUGUUGUCCAGUUUUAAAAUUAGAGCUAAUUCCUGGAAGACAUAUACCUAGAAGGACACGGCUGAAUUUUAAUGAGGAAACUUUUGAUCAAGGAGGUAGUAGUAGGGACCAGUCUGUUAGAACUGACGGACAAAGUGUUCAAUUCACUACAGAUUCUGAAUGGGAUGCUGAAUCUGUGGCUUCACAGUACAGUGUUGCUUCUUCGUCCUUGAGACGAUCUAACGUUGCUAAUGAUUGGCAAUCUGUAAAAAGAAAUAAAGGAAAAAGUUAUUGUGGAGUUGCCAGUGGAACAGGCAAAAAGAACCCAGUAAUGUCCUCUAUGCUCAACAAUAUGCAACAAUUGGAUAUCAAUUCUGGUUCCACAAUGUAUUCUGAUAGAAGCAAUAAUUCCGAAGACAAUAAAGAAAAUGACAAGUCCUUUCCUCCAUUGGGAAGUAGAGGCAAACGCAACUGAAUAUGACUGAGAAUCUUUCUUAAUGUGAUUAAAAUUUAUGUUUUUAAGUUUUGAGCCCCUAAAGAUUGUUAUGUUUAAAGUAAUGGAAAUUUUAAUUUUUUUUAAUAAAACGUAAAUGACUA